ACAAACUAUCGUAUUAAUAUCGCAAAAGGCCGCUCGUGCGUCAAAAGUAAUUCCAAAGCAAAGAUAUAUGAAUCAAAUCCACUCUUGAAAACCGCCAUGAGCAAAAUCCUUCCUUUGUAUAAGGAAGGCGUUAAUUGGACCGAAAAGCCUUCCAAAUCUGCAGUUAUAAAGCAAAAAUGGAGGGACUUCGUCGAAAACUCCACUCUCCACGGCAUGCAUUGUAUAAUUUCGAGUCAAACAACCUUUCGCCGCAUUAUAUGGACUUUGAUCCUUUUGGUUGGAGUUGGGUACUUUUCAUAUCAGUCCUCGGUGCUUUUGACGAAAUAUCUCAGUUUCCGUGUCACAACAAAGACAACACUUGUAUUCGAACAGGAACCCGAGUUUCCAGCGGUCACUAUUUGCAAUUUUAACAUGCUGAGGAAGUCUUUGGUAGAGAAGCACAAUUUUACAGAAAUCACAGAUCAGGUGUUGAUGAGCAAAGCUGGAGAAAAAAUUAACGACACCACUGACUGGGGUCGUUACAAGGACCUAGACGUCUUCGAAAUUUACCUGAAAGCUGGACAUGGAAUCCAAGAUAUGUUAUUUGACUGUUCGUGGAAAGGCGAAAGAUGUGGCCAUCAAAAUUUCACACCCAUUUUAACAACUAUGGGGCUGUGUCACACAUUUAACUCAGGUAAGAUAACAAUCGCAACUCACACAUUUUCUACUAACGCAUUCCAGGAGUCAAGAACUGCUUUUUUUAAAAGAAAACAAUGUAGCUCUCUGUAUGGGGCUAGAUUUGUAAUUACAAUUCAAAGUCGGCCAAAAAUUGCAGGUAAAGAUGGUCGACAAAUCUUAACAGUCAACCAUGCAGGCGCCAAGUUUGGCUUGAACCUGAAGUUAAAUAUUCAACAGUUUGACUAUUAUGGAUCUUGGACCUCUCAAGCAGGCCUUAAGGUUCUUAUUCAUCAUCACGAGACACCACCGACGGUUGAGGAGCUCGGUUUCUCUUUGGCUCCAGGAACAAGCACCCUUGCAGCAAUCAGAAAAGAAAAGGUUCAUAACCUGAGGCAUCCCUAUGAAACGAAUUGUUCAGACCAUGCCAUCGAACACCUUCCUGGUUACAGUAAAUAUACAACGCCUGCGUGUAUGCUGGCGUGCCACUCAAAAUACCUGGUUGAAAAAUGUGGCUGCAGGGACGUGAGGAUUCUUGCUGAAACGAACGCCGAAGUAUGUGGUAUACACAAAAUGGCAACCUGCCUCUUUCGUGAAUACGAAGAUUUCUAUAAGGUCUUUGGGGAACGCUGCAAGUGUCCGGUUCCCUGUGAGAUAACGUCUUUUAAAGCUGUCCUGUCUUACGCUGCCUUCCCAAGCCAUAUCUUUCUAGAGGAAAUGAUAAGAGUGAAUGUCAAAAAUGCUACAGAAGAAGAGAUAAAAGAUUUCAUUUCGAUGGUCUCUGGAAACUUCUUAGAACUUAACGUGCAUUUUCAAGACCUGAACAUGUUUGUGCUCGAGCAACAACCCGCUUACAGUAAAGAAAGUCUGCUUGGUGAAAUAGGCGGACAACUUGGCCUUUGCAUUGGUGCCAGUAUUUUGACCAUUUUGGAGUUCUGUGACGUUAUAUUCACCAUUUUGAAAAUACGGUUUGGAAGAGCUGGAUAACGUUCUCACACCAAUUUUAUAUUAGCUGUAGCCCUUCUGUAAAGAGCACUCAAUCGCCGCAUCCUCUCAGUUAUUAAAAUUUCACGAAAGUUUUCGCAGCGUGAUAAGAUAGAUAUAUUCUCAAUUAGGAUAAAUCUACUUGCGUUCUACAUUAACGAAUGCCGUUCUAUGCGUAAUAGAACUCGAGAGCGA